CUCUCUCUCUCUCUCUCCUCUCUCUGUCUCUCUACCCCUCUCUCUCGCUCCCUUUCUCUCGCUCUCCCUCUCUCUCUCUCCUCUCUCUGUCUCUCUACCCCUCUCUCGAUCUCUCUCUUCUCUCUCUACCUCCCUCUCUCAAUCUCUCUCUCUUUUGUUUCAUCCUUCUCUCUAAAAGGUAUCUACGCUACUUUAAUUGAAAUGCUUAACUGUAUAUUACACUUAAAUAAAUACAAAAAUACAAUAAUAAUGUAGUAGUUGUUAAAUAAUUAAAAAAGAUAACGUAUAAAUACCUUUCAUUCUUUUUCUUUCCCAGGAUCCUCCCUUCUACCAGUAACAGUUUCAUGUUGAAGAACCUGGUAUCUGGAGCGGACUACAACUUGUGUGUCCUGGCCAUCUUUGAUGACAAAGUCACCUCUUUGGCAGCUACCAAGGUUCUUGGCUGCGCCCAGUUUAGCACUAAAGAACUCUACCCAGAAUGCCGAUCUCUACAGACCCACUUCCUGGGAGGAACCCUGACAAUACUUGUGGGAGGCGUUGUCGUGGUAACGCUGCUGGUGUUCACCGUGGCGCUGAUGGUGCGUCACCGUGUCUGCAGUAACCAGGACGACCACUGUCACCCCGGGGAUGAUAGUGAUGAGUUGGCGUGUUGCCAGGGCGGGUCAUUAGGGAGUCCGGUGAAAGAGGCGACGGCCGGAGGUGGCGGAGGAGUCUACGGCCAAUCGGAUGGCAACGGAGAUGUGAUGAUGGUGGUCUUGCCCAAUGGGCUGCCUUCAAAGCAGAGAGGGGGCAGGAUGAAGGAGAGAGGAAAAGAGAAAAAGAAGGACAAAGAGAAGGGAAACGAGGGCGAGAAAGGAGGGACCGACGUACCUCCUAAGGUACCCCCCAAACCAAAACCCCAAACUCUCCCCAGGCCUAGCAGGGAGGGAGAGAAGGGGGGAGGGCAGGGAGGGAGAGAAGGGGGGAGGACAGGGAGAGAGAGAAGGGGGGAGGACAGGGAUGGAGAGAAGGGGGGAGGACAGGUGGACAUGACGCUAGCAGUGAGAGACACCUUCCUCCCUACACUCCCAAAACAGACUCUCUCUACAACUCUCCUGUCAUAAGCUCCUCCCCCUCAACCCUCCCCCGCCAAUCACGAGGUGGGAGGGCUAGGCUCUGCCCAGAUGUAGUAAUAAUUGGUGGGGCCAAACGGGCAAGCUUCACCCUGGAUAGGCUCCUGGGACAGGAUCUCCUUUCUGAUUGGAGGAUGAGACAUGGAGACAUAGUGGGCUGACUCGGAGAUAAAUGUAACUCUUCUCAGGCCUAUCAGAGCCCGGGAGCUCCGCUAAGACCCUCCCACAGCAUCGUGCCAAACGUAGCAACUCCCUCGACAUGGGGUUAUCUUCUUCUUCUGUUUCCAUCGCCGAGACAACGGUUACCACCCAGCGACAGUACGGCAGUCGCCAGGGUUACGCCAAGCGGUUGUCAGUGACUUGGACGAGGCGGAGCAAAUCACUGCAAGGAAUGUUGGUUGGUACACUCAGCAACAACCAGCGACCAGGGUAGUGGUGACGGGGAGUCAUCUAUAAUAUAAUACAUCCUAUAAUACAUCUAUAACAACACUGACUCUUACUCAGCGGUGACCAGAGUUGUCGUCAGGGGCAACGGGAAUAAGAGCGGGAGAGCAAAAGAGACAGAGAGAAAGAGGGAGAAAGAGCGAGAACGAGACAGAGAGAGAGAGGGACCCUCAGAGAUUUCUAGGGUUACAGAGAGGAAAUGUGUAGAGAGAGGGGGAGAUAGACAGAAGAGAGAGAGAGGUAGAAGAGAGAGAGAGGGAGAUAGAAGAGAGAGAGAGAGGGAGAUAGACAGAAGAGAGAGAGAGAGGGAGAUAGAAGAGAGAGAGAGAGAGGGAGAUAGACAGAAGAUAGAGAGAGAGGGAGAUAGAAGAGAGAGAGAGAGAUGAAUAGUGCGAUAGAGGGAAGAUGUAGGGGUUGAAAGUGGAGAAGAAAGAUUCUCACUUGUUCUGCCAAGGAGGCCUCCAGACUUGACCUGAAUUGGAUUUGAAAUAGAGGGAAUAUAGGAGAGAAAGAGAGAUGAGAGAGACAUGAGAGAGAUGACAGAUGUAAGCAUACGAAGAGAGAAACAAGAGAGAGGCGAGAGAGAAAGAGAGAAAAUUAAGAAUAUCUUUAUCUGAGGAUCUCUGCUUAAAAUAUAAAAUAUUUAGAAAUGCUGAGUUCAGAGGAGAGGAGAAAGAGAGGAAACAGAGAAAAUGUGUUAAACAGAAUGGAGAGAGAGAGAGAG